AGUUCUUCCAUUUGUUUAUUUAAAGAUGUUUAGUCAGUUGAAGACGUAACAACUUUUUAGCUUAAUACUCGAAGAAAAACAUAAUUUGUUGCACAUUUCUUCCUAUUAAAUACAUGGAGUGGUCUGAAGAUUUAGUUCUUAAGUUUAUAGAAGCGUAUAGGGAUCGUCCUGUUCUAUGGGAUGUUAGACACAAGUUUUUCAAAAUUAAAACUAAGAGAAACGAUGCGUGGGAGGAGUUAGCCACAUUAUUUAACACAAACAGGUAUGCAGCAAAAAAGAAAAUUAAUUCGCUUCUUGCUUCGUUUAGGAGGGAGCGCCGUAAAUCAAUAUGUCAAACAUCUGUGACUGGUACAAAUGAAGUGUGUCAGUCCAAAUGGUUUGCCUUCAAGAGCCUGCUGUUUCUGAUUGACAGGAAUAAACCAAGACAGACGCAGUGCACUGAUGAGAUAGUUGAACAAGAUGACUUUGAAGAAUCUAGAGCUACAGUGGACAUGGAAAAUGAGGCAUCUUCAACUAAUGAUGUGGAAAAAGAGUGUGUUGGUCAUGCUGAAGAACAUACAUCAGAUCAGCCAUAUACUCAAGAGAGGCAGUGUAAACGUAAAGAAUCCUUGUCACACAUGAAAAUUGUCCUGCCAAAUAAGAAGAAACGAAUCGUAGAAGAUCCUAGAGUUACGGAAGCAUACAGAAUAUUAAAAGAAGUUUCGAAAAGAAAUGAAAAGAGAGAUCAUUGCAUUGUUUAUGGUGAACAUAUUGCUCAUAAAUUAAGAGGUUAUGAUAGUCGUACGUGUGCAAUUGUUCAGUACCAUAUCAACAACGUUCUCUUUGAAGCAGACAUGGGCAAAUAUUCCAAUGGCAAUCUAGAUAACCAGCAACCAGUGCAUUGGGAAUCAGGUUCUUGGAAUAAUGGCCAAUGUGGGUCAUCUCUUCCAAAUGUCACUUCAGCAUCUUCAUCACCACAAUCUCAGCACAAUGUGGAUAUAAUGAAGAUGGAGCCAGACAUGCUGUCAUCACAGUGGGAAACCCAGCUUCCAGCUUCAUUCACUCUUGUUGCUGUCAAGUGUGAAGUUGAGGAUGAAGCUAAGGAUUUUAUGGCUGUUAAAACAGGGGUGAAAGAUGAAGUAACAACAGGAGAACAUGAGGCAAAAAUUGAGGAUUGUAAUGGGAAUUCACAGCAUACAGCUAUGUACAAGUCUGUUGACAAAGGUUAGUGAAGUACAAUGAGGACCUAGUCCAUGGUUCCUCCAGGGCUGUUGAGAAGGUGUGACAAGAACCCUGAAAAUGAACAGGACCAAAUGUGAGAUGGAACAGCAGCAAUAGGUUGUUAUUCCUCUGCCGAACUGUUCGCUGGAGGACAACCAUUUGUUGGAUGUUCACAAUUGAUUAUAAAAUAUGUUCAUAGUACCCUCCAUAUCUGGAGGCCUUCUCCUCCAUCUGCAACCUGUGGAUGCUGUGUCAUGGUGACAAAGGGCCCAGUUAAUGUCAUGAUGUGAUUGGUUAGUCAAUUCUAAAAAAUAAAGGAUUAAGAUGUAAGUUUAGAUAAAAUAAGAACUUAUUUUUGCUUUUGUGAUAUUCUGAAAGUGGAUAGAAAUUUAAUAUUUCAUUGGAAGUAAAUAUAUACUGUGAUGUCAUCAUCUACUGACUGAGUUCUACAUCAUUGAAGGCACCAUUACUCACCUGAAUGCCAGUUGCAUAAAGUACAAAUCAUUGUAAUUAAGUUUCCUAGAGGAUAUACACUUAUGCGUUCAAUUUUACAUAAUACUUUACGGCUGAUGUACAAUACAAAAUUAAUAUUGUGUGCUUAUGACUGGGAAAUUCAGUGUUUAAGGACAUAGUAUGUUAAAUGAAAUUCAUUUUUUUUACAGAAGUGUAUACUGAAGGAGCAGCCUUAAUUAAUAUUUUCAAUGUUUGAGUUUAGAAUACUGGUUCAGUUAAGCUGAUCCAGUCUAACAAAAUUUACUUGACAAGAAACUUUGGGGUUGAAAAUCAAACCUGGAAUGAAACUGUUGGGGAGUGUGAUCUUUUUGUGCUUUAACCAGUCUAAAAGUGAGUUGUUCUCACUGAGUACACUCUUGUGUUUUGCUGUGACUUCUUCAUUCCAUUUCUCUACUGAUCUGGCAUUUGUAAAACAUCCUUCUCUGGCCUCUUGAUGUUUUGUAAUCUGAACAGUUUGUUGCUAUGGUUUAAGAAUCCCUUCUUAUUGGGAGGAAGAGUUUUACCUCUCCCUCAUAAGGAACUUGCUGAACAGUUUCAGACUUGAAUGUUUUCUCUGUCUUUAUAAUGUACAGGUUUAUUUUUGUCAGAUUUUGAUAUCUAUAUUCAAUAUUGGGCAACUUAUGGUACUUCUAUCAUUAGAUUAGUUCACAGUGGAUCCUCAGUUUAGUAUUUUAACCAUUAUUGUAUGGGACUAGGGGAUUUAAGCCCAUGUGUUGUGGGGCUGCUGGCCAGACUAAUUGUGGGUAUAAUGGUUUAGCAGUAUGAUAGUAUGAUGCACAGCCAGCUGGACUGCUUGUAAGCCAUGAUGCACUGUUGAUAACUGUUGAAGUGCAAAGAUUAUGUAGGGUGGUUUUAAUUGGAAAUAUGAUUAUGAUGAUAUGGUUAGCAGAAUGUGGUAAAAGUGAAGUUAGUCACUCUUGUCUCUCUUAAGAUGACGUCUUAGUGUCCCCAUGUGGAAACUGAGUGAAGCACAAAGGGCUCAGUCAUGGUAGGCAGAAAGUACUUUCCAAGUAAAAGUCGGACGUGUUACAGCAGUGCUAAGAGGCACAGGCUGUCGGCAAGGAGCUGUCAGGAAGUCUGUCUCCGGCAUUGCAGCUAUGAGGAUAAUUAGAUUUCCAUGUUUAUUCAUUUUAUCAGUUGGAAGAUUUAAAGGCUUCUCAGAAGGUCAACUGAUAGAACAAAUGUGCUGGCUAUUGCCUGAAUUCUUUUUGACAUGCAAACGAUUUUUGAAAUGAAUACAUUCCAGUUGUUGUGGUUUGUUGGUUAUUAUAUUUAUUAUCACUGAUAUACAACAUUUUUGUUUCCUAAUGUAUGACACGUGAUUUCAAUGUUAUUUUAUUGCUGAUAAAAAAUUUAAAAACAGAAUUUUGCUAUCCACAGAUUUUUAAAAAUAUCCAUAAAACGGUUUUUAAUUAUGGUUUCAGCUAGUGUUUAAAGAAUUGUGUUGUUCAUUCCUGUUUCUAUCUUUUAGCUUAACUGAAUGACAUUAAAAAAAUAUAACAUAUAAUUUCAAACUUAUACGAGGUCUGUCCAAAAAGUAUCCGACUAUAUUUUUUUCCACGGUAAGUAAUGGCAAAAGGGUGGGGAAACUGAGCGUAGUGGUAGAAGGGACUUUCAUGUGUACGCAUGAUUUUUUGCUUCCUCGCAGUACCGCUGGAUGCGUCUGUCGCUGCCAGAUAGCGAAGUGGUGUAACACGUGUUCGUCGCAUUCUUGUUUCGCUCAAGAUGACGGAACGCUUGGAGUAGCGAUACUACAUCAAGUUUUGUCAGAAACUUUGGGAUACCCAAGCGGAAACAAUCCGCAAAAUUCAGCAGGCUUUCGGCGAUGAUGCAAUGGGGGUCACUCAAAUUAAAGAGUGGUUCAACCGCUUUAAAGAUGGCCGCAUGUCUGCGGACAGUGACCAGCGAUCCGGGAGACCGUCAACGAGCCGAAAUGCUGAUGUCAUUGACAAAGUGCGGACAUUGAUCAUGGAGGACCGUCGUUUGACCGUCCGGGAAAUUGCUGAUGAGGUUGGGAUCAGCAGAGGUUCUGCAAACACGAUUUUAACUGAGGAUUUGGUCAUGCGAAGAGUGGCUGCAAAAUUUGUGCCCAAACUGCUUUCGCCGGAGCAGCAACAACUCUGCCUUGAGGUAGCACAGGACAUGCUGGAGUGCGCCAACAGGGAUCCUGAGUUCCUGAAGACUGUGAUCACUGGUGACGAGUUGGGGGUGUACGGAUAUGACCCGGAAACCAAGGUCCAGUUAUCACAAUGGAAGCAUCCAACAUCCCCGAGGCCCAAAAAAGCAUGACAGGUUCAGAGCAAUAUGAAGGUGAUAUUGACUGUUUUUUUCGUUUACCGGGGUGUUGUGCAUCAUGAGUACGCACCACUAGGCCAAACUGUCAAUAAGAAGUAUUACCAAGAAGUCCUCCAUCAUCUUUGUGAUGCAGUUCGGAGCAAGAGACCGGAGCUGUGGGACGCACGCAACUGGCAGCUGCAUCAUGACAAUGCCCCCAGCUCAUUCAUCACACCUGAUCCAGGGUUUCCUGGCCAAGCACGGCAUUCCGCAGAUUCGCCAUUCUCCCUACUCACCUGACAUGGCUCCUUGUGAUUUCUGGCUGUUCCCGAGAAUGAAGACACCGCUAAAAGGCUCCCGUUUUGACAGCCGCGAGGACAUCAUACAGAAUGCGACGGCGCAGCUGCACACCGUUCCAAAAUAAGCCUUCCAGAAUUGCUUCCAGCGAUGGAGGGAACGCUGGGCUAAGUGUGUGAGUCACAAGGGGCCUACUUUGAAGGGGAUUAGGUAUUGUAACCCCCAGAUACAGAACUUUGUUUUUCUGACCCAAGGUCGGAUACUUUUUGGACAGACCUUGUAUGUUCUAUCUGCAAGUGAGGGUUUGCACGACUUACAAAAACAUGAAAAACCUGUUUGACAAAAUUAACUACAACAAGCACUGUUGGAAAGUAUGUGGUGACUUGGGAAUUAUAGCAAUCUUGUUAGCCAUGCAGGUUAGGAUAUACAAAGUGUUGCUGCUUCAUAUGCAAAUGGAUAGCCAAGCCAUGGACAAGCACUGCUGGUGAAACAUUGGAAAAAAAGUCAGAAACUGACCCUAGGUGAAAGAAAUGUUGUUCACAGUCCCAUAGUUGAUGCUGCGAAAGUAUUUUUACUGCCACUCUGUAUGAAACUUGGUUUAGUAAAAAAAAAUUGUCAAAGCUAUGAAGCAGAAAUUUCCCUCUUGAGUGAGGCAAAGAUAAAAAAGGAAGGAUUAUUGUUGGCCCACAAAUAAGGAAAAUUACAACAGAUAAAACUUUUCAUUCUAUAUUUUGAAUGAAGUUGAACUAGCAACUUGGACAGCAUUUAAAGAUGUUUGCAGCAAUUUCUUAGGAAACAAUAAAGCAGACAACUACCAGGAAAUCGUGGAAAGACUCCUUCAGUCAUGUGAAGCAAUGGGAUGCAACAUGUCACAAAAGAUUCACUUCUUACACUCACGUUUGGAUUGCUUCCCACAAAAUCUUGGUGCAGUUAGUGACGAACAUGGAGAGCAUUUUUACCAAGACAUUUCAUGGGAAGUGGAGUGUUAACAUGCUGUCAGAUUAAUGCUCGAGUAUUAUCACGGAUGUGCUUGAGACUAAUUACAAAUGGAAGUCAUCAGCAAAAAAAUGUUAAAAUAAGUACAUAUUUAUUAUAAUGUAAUUUUGGAUUCAUGUAUGAAUAAAAAUUGUGUAUUUCGAAUUACGUAUAUCUCUUUUAACUAAGGGCGAUAGAAAUAUUCUGAAGAUAUAUCUGUAAACAGCAUAAAAAAUAGUCCAGGAAGACAUGUCUUACAUAAGAAAACAAUUUUAAAAAAUUGUAUAUCAGUGUUAUGUAAAGUAGCAUGAAAAAUUGUUGAGGUAAGUUCUGUUCAUAGGUUUGUUUACACCUGCAAUAUUAUCUGCCGUUUUGGUGAGUUAUGUGCUCUAAGGAAACAUAUGAGCCCAAAGCAGCAUUUGCUAAAGUAACAAUUAUUCAUUCUAUCAAAAUGUUUAGCAUUUUGUGGUGUGUAGUACUUUAUUAUAUGCUAAACAGUUUCUUAUAAAAUUAUUGAAGUUUG